AAUACUUGAGCACAGACGUUGAGGGUAUGGGCUAGACUAGAUAACUUCUCGAUACACACGUAUGUCUCGGGAAAGCGAAACGGGGGGUUAACAAACAUGGAUUCACAUGAUCCACGGGUUAAUACCAGAACCGAUUUCGUCAAACGCGAAGCUCUGUUGCACUAGAAUAAGACAGCAAUCUCGAACUUAUAUCCGUAGACAGGCCAGAGCACCAAUCUAAACUUCUCGGCGCUUUUUUGGACAAGACAACUGAAAGACAUGGCUGAUCAGCAAGCUGGAGAUGGCUCUAUUCGCACGCAGACAAUCGUAUGGCCUGCUUCAACAUUCGUCACAACCUGGACUCUAGGGGGCGGCAACUCUGACCCCACGGAAUCGCCAGCAACGGUAGUUCCCGCAGGGAAUCCAGGCUCGACGGAUGACCAAAAUGUCGGCCCUAUCCUUAGCGGUGUGGUCGUUGUAUUGGUGUUGACACUAUUACUAUGGUACUGUUGUCGGCGAAAGCGCUCCAACGGUCGUUACUCGCGACGUUCAAGUAGGCGGCAAAGCUCAGGUUACGCAAGUAAAGGUAGCUCCGGCAGCUCAUCCUCAUCAAAUUCUUCGUCUCGUAACGGCGGGAGUGUCGGAUCCGCGGCGAGUGAGAUGGCUGAAGAUCAGUGGGACCACCAAGAGCCGAUGCCAGAAGGACCGAUGCCAGCGAUGCCACCGCAAGCUGCGGGAGGAUGGCCAGGCCCGCAACAUAAUCCCGGAAUGGGACCAGUACCACAGCCGGGUCUAGGUAUGAAUUUUCCUCCGGGCCAAGGCGGACCUCCCCUCAUGAUGGGUCGAGGUGGACCGCCGCCGCUAGGUAGGGGAGGACCUCCACCUAUGAUGGGCCGUGGCGGGCCUCCUCCUGGAAUCAUGUAGUAGCUUGGCAAGCUAUAACUGUCACUCCAGAGAUAUGGCAUUAAAGGAAUGCACUUCGGAUCCCAAAUUCAGUGCUAAAUAGCACAGGUCACCACCAA